UAUCUUUAACUCCUCCUGCGGCAGCAGGAAUCAGCAGAGAUCAUGUGGGCCAAACCCACUAAUUUGAGAUACAUAAGCUAUGAACCGGGGACGUCUAUAUAAGCAGACAUUUGUCCUGCAAGGGUACCAGAAACUGGUUGUUUGCAUCCAGAUCUGACCCAGUCGAAGGGAUUACCCGCAGUAGAUACUGUAUCUGGGUGCUCGCAAAUUCUCACCAUGUCUCACGCUUGGGGAUAUGCGCCAAAAAACGGACCUGACACAUGGGUUCAAAACUUUCCUAUUGCUGAUGGACCCAGGCAGUCUCCGAUUGAUAUAGUCCCGAGCCAAGCCCAGUACGACGCUUCUCUGAAACCUCUCCAACUGAGGUACGACCCGGCCACUUGCAGAGGCAUUCUUAACAACGGACAUUCCUUCCAAGUGGACUUCGCUGACGACGAUGACAGUUCAACUUUGACAGGAGGCCCGAUCUCUGGUACAUACAGGCUGAGGCAGUUCCACUUUCACUGGGGCGGCAGCGACGACAGAGGCUCAGAGCACACCGUGGGAGGCACCAAGUUCGCUUGUGAGCUCCACCUGGUUCACUGGAACACCAAGUACCCCAGCUUUGGUGAUGCCGCCAGCCAGCCUGACGGCCUCGCCGUGGUCGGAGUCUUCCUCAAGAUCGGUGCUGACAACCCCCAGCUACAGAAAGUUUUAGAUACUCUGGACAGCAUCAGGACUAAGGGCACGCAGACGACAUUCUCAAACUUUGACCCCACGAUCCUGCUCCCUCGCUCCUUGGACUACUGGACAUACGACGGGUCCCUGACUACACCCCCCCUUCUUGAAAGUGUCACCUGGAUUGUCCUGAAGGAGCCAAUCAGUGUCAGCCCUGCCCAGAUGGCUAUGUUCCGCAGUCUGCUGUUCUCAUCUGAUGGGGAGGCUCCAUGCUGCAUGGCGGAUAACUACCGCCCCCCUCAGCCCCUGAAAGGGCGUAAGGUCCGCGCCUCAUUCAAGUAAACGCGUGUGUCUGGCCCCACCCACCCAGGUGCCCCCUUCCCAAAAUUUAUUCCCCCCCCCCCACAUUUAUGGGGCUCAGAGAUCUGCAGGGAACAGCAGUUUACAUGUACUGAAAGCAUUUCUGCUAAUUGUCACAUAGUUGUGCAGGGCUGUUUUUCAGAUUUACCAUAUUUUUUUUCAGGUCUGUAGAUGUCAUUCAAGAUGCCCCAAUAAACAACCUAGGCAAAUAAAUAAAUUAAAAAAGACUUAAAGAGAAUAAAGCAAAAAGGCCUAGAAUCCCAAUACACACACACACACACACACUUUUACACUUCAUCUCGUCUGCCCAUAAUCUCCCACCGCCGACAUCAGCGAUUGCGUCAGAUUAAUGACGUUCACUGGCCACUGUGACUACGCCCCUCCAAAUAUCUGUCCAGUCACUGCUAAGCCCUUUAAACUGAAUUUAAUUCCUUCUUUGUUUCUGUUCCGCCGUGCGGUGUGAUACAGUAGAGCCACAUAAUUUGAGUGGAUGCAGCUUGGAUAAUACCAGUGCAGUGCUUUGUCUCAUUGUUAUUGUCCUGUAUAAUCAGCUAGAAUGCCAUUUCUGCUUUAGUCUGGAACUUGUGUUAAAAAGUGUUUUUAAGACAAUUUAUGACAUAAGUCUCUCUUCCUUUGCAUUCUUAUGGGGUAUCUUUAAAAAUUCAUCACUGUAGAUUAUAAUAGCCUUUCAGCAACUGGAAACCCACAACAUUGAUGCCAGCAGUGUGCCAUUAUGCCAAGCUUGAGAGCCAUUUGCCAACUGAAAAGCACAUACAGAUUAUAUAAACCUCAGAUUACGUAGACCUCAGGUCCUCCGGGUCAACCCAUGGGUGACCAGAUGUCUUUACACAGUGAGGCCCAGAAGGGCCUAUUGGAACCUGUCACAUAGGGUUCCAAGCUUUUUAAAUUGGUUUGAAAAAAAUGUGUUGAGCAAUAAAGUCAUAUGUCCCAUCAGGUUGUUUUUAAAACUAGCAUGUUCCUUUCUAUGCAUUUUCAAGCAAUAUUGUUACUAGGCUACACUGGGAGUGAUGGUGUCCUGAUUGUUUUUCUUCGUCAUCCCUGUCUUGUUGAAAGGAAAAUUUUAUUGGGAAAUUAAAUAUAUUUUAUGGCUA